AUGCUCAGUAUUGCUUCGCUUUUGUCUGCUGCUGGAGUCUUGUUUACCUACCAGAACCAACCUCUCUCUUCGUGGCACUUCCACUACCUGCCAAACACCGUCGUGUCUCAGUUGACCACCAUCUCACGAAGUGCACUCAUGUUUUCGACGGCAAGCUGUGUCAGCCAGCUCUCCUGGCUGCACAUACAAGAGAAACCUCGACCAUUAUCUGAGCUUCAAGCUUUCGACAACGCUAGCAGGGGUCCUGCAGGCGCGAUACAUAUGCUUAUGUUUCCCACCCGAUAUUGUAUUCCUGCUAUUAUUGGCUCACUGGUUACAAUUGCCACUCUGCUGAUGGAACCCUUUGGUCAACAAGUAUUGCAAUUUCCACUCCACGACGUUGUAGUCAAGGGGAAUGCAACUUAUCCUACUACACAGCUCUAUGCGCCGGUGCCUGAAGCAGUUAUUGAUGGUAUGUUGGAAUGUCCCGAGACCUCUUGUUUAACAUCAAUUCGCUAUUAA